AUGGGAUUUCUCGAUCUCGAGAAGCACUUCGCCUUCUACGGUGCUUACCACAGCAACCCAAUCAACAUCGUAAUCCACAUCUGCUUGGAUAAGAAAUCUGGGUUCGUUGCGGCUCUCAUGUGUUUCGCUUGCUGGGUCGGUUCCAGUGUCUUCGCUGAUCGAUUAGGACCUUCUCUUGCCGUAAAGCUAGCUCCACCUUUCGAGUUUGCAUUGUUGGUUCCAAGACUUGUAAUUGGUAUUAGUGUUAUGAUCACGUUUGUGAAGAGUGAAGAGAGUGGAUUUGAGGAAACCCACAUUGUGGAAUCAGUUUCAUGGGAUGAUCUUGAGAGAAACGCUGCUAGUAAAACCGGUGGUUCUUCUGAAAGACAUCACUCCUGGAGAUCUCACCAGCACGACUCUUCUAGAAAAGAUGACAAAUCACCUGGAGACUUGUACGAACUGUGGAGGCAAGAACAGAAUAUCAUAGCUGCAAGACUAGACGAGGAGCUUAAAUCCAGGUGGGAGCUUGAUGAGCUGAUUGAAGAACAGCUGAGCAGAUACCAGUCGCAUUACUUCAAGACCAUGGUUUCAACCUCCUUGAAGGAUGUCUCUAACCUUCUCAUGCCCACCUGGAUACCGCCUCAUGAGCUGGCUGCUGUGUCCUGGCUUGGAGACUGGCGUCCCACUUCCAUUCUUGACCUUCCACAGAAAUAAGAUACCGCCUCAUGAGCUGUCUGCUGUGUCCUGGCUUGGAUACCGCCUCAUGAGCUGGCUGCUGUGUCCUGGCUUGGAUACCGCCUCAUGAGCUGACUCAGGUAUAAAGUGGUUGAACUGGUGAUGAAGAAGCUGCUGAAUCAAACAGAUACAGCAGAGUUUGUGGUCGCAUUUGCAGGGAUUCAAGACGCCAUCCACCAGUUCUUGGAAAUUCUGUCUUCUUAGCAACUCAUAUUGUCCAUGUACAACAGUAUGAAACCUGAAACUAACAGUUUCGCUGACCAUGUCUUGAUAUAGUCAUUGGUAUUAACUCUUUAUAAGCUAUGCAAUAUUGAUCGAUGUUAUGAACAAACCAUUUAUAUUUUUCAUUUCCGAGUGUA